AUGGCGUCGGGGGGAGCUGAGCCUGGCGCCCGCGGGUGCAGCGCCCAGGGCCGCCGCGAAGACCAGGCGGCCGAGCGUGCGGGCUCCGGCCUCCCGCGGAAUGUGCUCAGCGAGAGGGAGCGCAGGAAGCGGAUCUCGGUGAGCUGCGAGCGCCUGCGGGCCCUGCUGCCCCGCUUCGCCGGCCGGAGGGAGGACAUGGCCUCGGUCCUCGAGAUGUCGGUGCAGUUCCUGAGGCUGGGGGGCGGCCAGCAUCAGCCCGGCGCUCUCGCUCUGUCCAAGGAGACGUGGCACAAGUGGCAGAGGGACAUCUUGCAGCUAGCCCUGUCGAGUCCGACCUCAGCAGGCGCACCGGACUCCGGGGUGGCAGUGCCGGGGGCGACUGAGCCUCAGGCUGCUCCUCGCCGUGCGACCGCGGGUGUGGCCCAGGCCCCGCCGGGGGCGGCCGCAGUGCUGGACGGGCCGCCGGGCCGCCCCGGUGAGCAGAAGUGCAGGGCAGAGCCUCGCAGCCUGGCGCCCUGGCCCUCGGACCCAAGUCCCCGCAAGGCCCUGAGGUCGCCUCCACUCUGGCCUCCCCACUCCUGGCAGCCACCCUCCCCUCUGGGGAGCGAAGAGGCUCAGAGCUGCCUGGGCCAGGCUGGGUCCCCGAUGGAGGGGGCCUACUCGGUCACGACGCCGGCCACCGGGUCUGCGUCCGGAGACGACGUGGAAGACGGGACGUCCCUCCUGCUGAGCACCGGUCCCGACUGGUGGCUGGGGUCUCUGGAGGGCAGAGGCGCCGGCGUCCCCACCAGGAGCGCGGUCAGGAGCAGCCUGCUGGACAGGGCAGAGCCGAGCUUCCUGGCAGACGCCGGGCCAGGCCCCCAGGAGCCCCUGGACGGCCCCCCGGAGCCCUGGGGCCCGGACACUGGCUGCCUCGGCCUGGCCCCGCGGGAGGAGGUGGACGGUAUCUUCCCCGACUUCUUCGCCAGCUAGGCGGCGGGACGGGGACCCGCCGCGCGUGCCGUGUCUUGUGCCAGGCAGCUCAUCCCUGGUUUGAGGGGUGGCUGCUCUGCUCGGCGAGGCUGGCGGAGUAUUAAAA